UUGCUUGAUCAGGAAAACUAUUUUUAUUAUAGAUUUUUUUUUAAAAAUCAAAGACAGCUGUUAGAAGGCUGUUGUGUUAUAAAUGUCGUUACGUUUAAGUAAUAUUUUCUUUACAAAGUAAAAGCAAGUGUUGAAAGUGAAUCUGAAGUAAGAAAUUAUUUUGAUAGAGCAAGUUAAACUUUAAUGUUUAGUUAAUUUGCUGAAAGUUCAAGAACUUUGUAAAGCUUUGAAAAAAGUGAAGAAACCAAUCGAUUUUGUGAUUAUCAACUGCGUGGAUUUGUUCUGUACGGCCAAGAUACGCCCACGAUUGUUGCAGGAAUCACGCGGCCGUAAGGAAACGGAGGGGAGCAGUCGAGAGGAACCAGAAAGUGCUGUAGUAGGGAACUAGAGGAGCGCGGUGCUAGGGAACUUGAGGAACGCAGCUGUGAGGAACUACAAGACACAGUCCAAGGGAACUAAAAGAACUAGGUAACUAGAGUAACUAGAGGGACUAGAUGAACUAUAGGAUAUCAGUAUUAAAGAACCCGAGAAACAAGUAACAGCUGGAGAAAGGAACUGAAGGAACUUGGUCGUAGGGAACCAAAAAGUGCAGUAAGGAGGAACCAUAGGGUCAAGUUCCCAGGAAACCAGCUUGUCGAGUCGUAAGGAACAUAUACCACCCGAAUAGCGUCAUCUGUGGAGUCACUCUUGCAGCAAAACAGACAAACCCGCACCAUGAUGGUCCUUGUGAGCCUGUUGGUCACUCUCUGCCUUGUCACACUGACCAGUGCCGAGGGGUGUGUCUACCACGAUUACUGUGUCGUCGGGGCUGGGCCCAGCGGACUUCAGCUGGGGUAUUUCUUCAAGCGGGCAAACAGAGACUACGUCGUGUUCGAGAGGAGCAACAUAUCAGGCAGCUUCUUUGACAUGUACCCACGUCACCGGAAGUUGAUCAGCCUGAACAAGCGCUACACCGGUCAGCAGAACCAGGAGUUUAAUCUCAGACACGACUGGAACUCGCUCAUCUCGGACGAUGAGGACCUCAAGGUCACCAGGUACUCCAAGGACGUCUUCCCGCACGCGGAUGUUCUGGUCCGGUAUUUGGACGAUUACCGGAAAAAACUAAAGUUGAAUGUCCAGUUCAACACCGACAUUAGAAAUAUCCAAGCCGUGAGAAAUAUGUCAGCACCAGAUGGUCAUGUUUACACGAUGAAUGACCAGAUGGGUCAGUGUUAUACAUGCAGAACGCUGAUCAUGGCAACGGGUAUAUCCACUCCCAAUAUACCACGGCAAGUUCAGGGUAUUGAUCUCACCACGGGGUACGAGACGAUGUCCUUGAACCCAGACGAUUACGAAGGAAAGAGUGUUUUAAUUUUAGGCAGAGGCAACACCGCCUUCGAGAUAGCAGAUAGUAUCUACGGGUCAACGAACCUCAUUCACAUGCUGGCUAGGUCACGUGUUCGUCUGGCUUGGUCCACGCACUACGUAGGGGAUCUAAGAGCUGUGAACGAUGCCUUGCUGGACACGUACCAGCUGAAAUCACUAGACGCCCUGCUGGAGUCACCCGUGGAGGAGAUGUACUUCGUCAAGCGGGGCAACAAGAUUCACGUGGAGAUCGACGAAUCUCAUGGCAUCCACAAGUUCGACAACUUCGCGCUACGGGAGUCCUACGACGUCGUCAUACGGGCUCUCGGCUUUAUAUUUGAUGCCUCUGUCUUCAACAAUACAGCCAUCAGCCGGGGUAAAGACCGAGCCAAAAAGUAUCCCGCCAUACACCACAACUACGAGUCUAAAGACACCAGAGGACUCUUCUAUGCAGGGACCGCGUCCCACUCUCUCGACUUCCGGAAAUCAGCUGGCGGUUUCAUCCACGGUUUCCGGUACACCGCCCGUGCCUUACACAGACUGCUGGAGUGGAGGUAUGAAAACAUACCCUGGCCUUAUUACGAGAUUCCUGCUGCUGAUAUGCUCAACACGAUGAUCAAAAGAAUGAACGAAGCUUCGGGGCCUUAUCAGAUGUUUCAGAUGCUUGGUGAUGUCUUCCUAUUUUCUGAUGAUGGCCAAAGUGUGAAAGUUCUAGAAGAAUAUCCCAUCAACGUGCUGCAUAAGCUACCUGAGUAUACCGGCCACAACGCCUCCUCUCUGCUGGUGGUGGUGCUAGAGUACGGCCACAACUUCUCUGGGCCGGGCCGGGAUGUGUUCAGACUUAACCGGGCGACAGGUGAACCAUCAGAGGCCCACACGUCCAACUUUCUACAUCCGGUUAUUUAUUACUACAAGACCCUGCCUACAGAGAAAAUGAUGAACACGAAGUUAGCUGACGAGGUCCUGCCACGCCCAGAUAAAAUUCACCACAUCGUCGAAGACUUCCUAACCUACUGGAACGCCGCCACCAGUCACAUCCUCCCCCUCCGGCGGUUCCUGGAUAUCGUGCGAGACACGGACAGCCGGGCGUUUUUCUCCCAGACCUGCUUCAAGCUGGCCAUGACCCACGGGAACGUGCCCCCACACUGUGAGGAGAACUACCUGGCCGGGCAGGGGCUGGCUGGACACGUCAGUUUGAUCAGGUCGGCCAUGUCGCACGGGAUGAUGGAGAUUGAGCCGCUUCAAACGCUUUAGGGCGUCACCUUAAUACCAGUGUUUCUUCAAGAC